UACAUUAAAAAAAAAAAAAAAAAUGUUUUCUCUUGUGGGGGCCAGGACCUUUAAUAACUGGACAUGCAAAUUACUUAAGCUAUGAAUCACAGUCUUCUGUACAAUGAUAAACUUCAAGGCUGGACUUCAUUUUAUUAUUUUUUUCUUCCUCAGUGGUCUGUGCUCAGUAGAGACUGAAGUGAAGACAGUGAGCAAGAAAGAGGGAGAGACCAUCAGUCUACACUCUCAUCUUACUGGAGAACAGACUAGCCCUCACAUAAUAUGGUUAUUUUAUACUGGUAGUUCUAAAAAAAUAAUAGCUCAGCUGAACAGAGGAGAGUUUGCAUCAAACUAUAGCGAGAGAUUUAGAGACAGGCUGCAGCUGGACAGACAGACUUGGUCUCUCGCCAUCAGCAACCUCAACAGCAAAGACACUGGAGUUUACAGCAUACAGACCAUCACCAAUGUAGAAAUUACAGAGCUGAAGUUGAACUUAAUAGUAUACUCUCCAGUGCCUAAACCUGUCAUCACUCACAUCACUCCAAGGUACUCAGUCAGACGCUCAGUGUCCAGUGCAGUGUGCAGAAAGAGCUGCUCAGUGCUGUGUUCUGUGAGGAAUGAGAGAGAGGUCAUCCUGUCCUGGCAGAAGGAGGGGGAGACAUUAUUGAACACCAGCAGUCCUGAUCUCAACAGCACCCUGUCUCUCCCACUGGAGACAGAAGAUUGCAGUGCUGCCUACACCUGUGUGGCUGAAAACCCAGUCAGUAACCAGACUGUCCUGCUCAACACUGAGGAGCUCUGUCCUCUGAGCCCAGAUUCAAGCAAAACAAGGAGUUACAUAUUACCUGCUGUGAUGAUAUCAGUGGUGGUGAUAGCAGUAAUUGGAGCAGUAACAGGAUUAGUUUUUUUCAUUGUAAAACAGCUGAAGUAUAAAAAACUGGAUCACACAGGCAAUUGGAACGUGGACAGAGUGCGUAAUGAAGUACAGUAUGCUAACAUUUGCACAGAAAUGCACUCAAAAAAGACACAACUCCUGGGAGGUGAUACCGACAGACUGGAGUCAGAGACAAAAACCAAAAUUGUGUAUAAAUUGUGUCUGCUCUCUUUAGAGCCUGAAGUGAAGACAGUGAGCAAGAAAGAGGGAGAGACCGUCAGUCUACACUCUCAUCUUACUGGAGAACAGACUAGCCCUCAGAUACUGUGGUCAUUUUAUACUGAUAGUUCUAAAAACAUAAUAGCUCAGCUGAUCAGUGGAGAGUUUGCAUCAGACUAUAGCAACACAUUUGAAGACAGACUGCAGCUGGACAGACAGACUUGGUCUCUCAACAUCAGCAACCUCAACAGCAAAGACACUGGAGUUUACAGCAUACAGACCAUUAUCAAUGGAAAAAUUUCUGACCAGAACUUGAACUUAAUAGUAUACUCUCCAGUGCCUAAACCUGUCAUCACUCACAUCACCCCGAGGCACUCAGUCAGACGCUCAGUGUCCAGUGCAGUGUGCAGAAAGAGCUGCUCAGUGCUGUGUUCUGUGAAGAAUGAGAGAGAGGUCGUCCUAUCCUGGCAGAGGGAGGGGGAGACACUAUACAGCACCAGCAGCCCUGAUCUCAACAGCACCCUGUCUCUCCCUCUGGAGACAGAAAACUGCAGUGCUGCCUACACCUGUGUGGCUGAAAACCCAGUCAGUAACCAGACUGUCCCACUCAACAGUGAGGAGCUCUGUCCUCUGAGCUCAGAUUCAAGCAAAACAAGGAAUUACAUAUUACCGGCAGUGCUGAUACCAGUGGUGGUGAUAGCAGUAAUUGGAGUAACUGGAUUAGUUGUUUUCAUUGUAAAACAGCUGAAGUAUAAAAAACUGGAUCACACAGGUAUUAGGAACGUGGACAGAGUGCGUAAUGAAGUACAGUAUGCUAACGUUUGCACAGAAAUGCACUCAAAAAAGACACAACUCCUGGGAGGUGAUACCGACAGACUGGACUCAGAGACAAAAACCAAAAUUGUGUAUAAAUUGUGUUUGACCCCAGAGUGGCAUUGGGAGCGCCAUAGACAGUUCACAGUAGAGCCUGAAGUGAAGACAGUGAGCAAGAAAGAAGGAGAGACCAUCAUUUUACCCUCUUAUCUUACUGGAGAACAGACUAGCCCUCGGAUACAGUGGAUUUUUCAUUCUGGUAGUUCUAAAAAAAUGAUAGCUGAGCUGAACGAUGGAAAGUUUGUAUCAGACUAUAGCGAGAGAUUUAGAGACAGGCUGCAGCUGGACAGACAGACCUGGUCUCUCAACAUCAGCAACCUCAACAGCAAAGACAUUGGUGUUUACAGCAUACAGACCAUUAUCAAUGGAGAAAUUUCAGAACAGAAAUUGAACUUAGUAGUAUACUCUCCAGUGCCUAAACCUGUCAUCACUCACAUCACUCCGAGGUACUCAGUCAGUCGCUCAGUGUCCAGUGCAGUGUGCAGAAAGAGCUGCUCAGUGCUGUGUUCUGUGAGGAAUGAGAGAGAGGUCGUCCUGUCCUGGCAGAAGGAGGGGGAGACACUAUUGAACACCAGCAGUCCUGAUCUCAACAGCACCCUGUCUCUCCCUCUGGAGACAGAAAACUGCAGUGCUGCCUACACCUGUGUGGCUGAAAACCCAGUCAGUAACCAGACUGUCCCACUCAACACUGAGGAGCUCUGUCCUCUGAGCUCAGAUUCAAUCAAAACAAGGAAUUACAUAUUAACGGCAGUGCUGAUACCAGUGGUGGUGAUAGUAGUAAUUGCAUGUGUUGGUUUCAUUAUAAAAAAUCAGAAGAGUAAAGAACUGGAAAACACAGGCAAUAGGGAUGUGAGCAGAGAGAGUGGUGAACUGCAGUAUGCUGACGUUUGCAUAGGAACCCACCCAGAAGAGACACAGUGCUCUGGAGGCGUUCCCAGGGCCCUGGAUCCAGAGAGAGAAGACGGAGUUGUGUAUGCAGAUGUGCGCAAAUAACUGCACUGGUGCAACCCAAGAGAGACUGGCUGUGUCAAAAGCCAGUGUCCAACGUCCCUUACUACUAGUAUUGUUUGUUCUUUGAAUCAGGGACUUGUACCCUCACUGUGUAUAGUGGCAUCUGUCAUGACAUUUUUUCUGUAUUUUGGUGCUCAAUAUUAAUAGUGUGUGUUUAUCAACGCGUGUCUUAAUGGUCUAAACAUAUGUUUUGUUGGGCAGAUCAAAGGCCAUGGAUGUCCUGAAGGGCUUAUUAUUAUUCAUGUAAAAUAAUAAAUUCCUUUUCAGCUGUAGAACCAAGCCUGUGCCCCUGUCUGACCCUGCCACCCAUUAGUGUUCCUGCCCAUCUCUCUACGUGACCGGAGUCACCUUUGCUUGGACUUAAUUAAUCCUCGAUUGGCUGUUUAUGUAUUAUAAUUUAUCUGUUUUCAUGUAAGCCAUUUCCAUAACAAACCGGUGCCUGUCCGUGGCAGAUGAGUUCCCCCUCUGAGUCCGGUUCUGCUCAAGGUUUCUUCCUGUUAUCAGUCAGGGAGUUUUUCUUUGCCACUGUUGCCCUAGGCUUACUCUCUGGGGGCCGGUUCUCUGUAAAGCUGCUUUGUGACAAAGCUCCUUUGUUAAAAGCGCUAUACAAAUAAAAAUUGAAUGAUUGAUCGAUUGAUGUGGAUGACAUGGGUGACUUUGUCUGAAGAUGAUGAAGUAAUCCCAUGCCAAUCCAAGCCUUUUGCCUCCUCAUGCAUACCAGUGCCUCAGUACUGAAGACUUAGACACAAACACCAGGCCAAGUUUUCACAACGUUUUACAUGCACUAAGAUGACAUAAAUCUGUUCAAAAUUCUUGUUUCUUGUGAAAAGAGACACUGUUGUAAUAUCGUUAGGUGUAUCAUAUAGGAAGAUGUUCUCUUGUGGUUGGGGAGGAGGUGGUCUUGAAAUGUACCACUUCAUUGAAUUAAUAUACACCUGUUUAUCACCCUCACCACAGCCCUUAAUUGAUCUGGUUUCACACCUUCUGUGUUUCCUGAAAGCUGAUCGUAUGAAUAGGAAGAAGAUAACGUCGACAUACACGGCAGAUAUGUAGAUCUUCUCAGAAGCAUACCCUGUCUUUCGGUUUGUGCUCAGCGUGGUAAACCGAUAUCUACACGCCCCAGAUGGUGGUAUUCAGACUUUGUUUCCUACUGUUUUGUCUGAGAUGGUGAAUGGCGAACAGUGUUUCGCCACAGGGCCAUACUUCUGCAGACCCACAUUGACCCACUCUGUUUCCUGUCUGCUUUAUGUGUUGUACUCAUUUCUGCACCUACAAAUCAUAUGCUUUGUCAAACUCCCACAUGCUGUAAAAUGAUGUUAAAUCUAAAUGCUGUCAGAAAAACAUAGAUUGGGAAAACAGAUAAAAGUACAGCACAGUGGGCUUUGCAGGGGCUAAAUCGAGAACAAGCAGGUUCACUUGUCAGGGCCAAAAUCUACUGCACUGUAAAAAUAGUACUGUGAUAGUAUUUCUGUCCAGCUAAUGUCUGUGAACACAGACAUGUGCAAAACACACCCUGAAAACUCUGCUGAGGAGCACCUUAGACUUUACCUUAGACUCUCCAAAUGUCUCGCAAGCUUCUGUUUAACUCAUCAUUGUUUUAAAGAAGUAGGGGUUAUAAGGACAUUUUUAACUUGCUUUAUUAACCAAAGAUGUAGCUUGUACAUUAUUGCAACCAUUUAUUGCUUAGGGAGUUUAAACCUCACCUGUGACAGGCAGUUAUAAAUGAAAACAUGAAUAUAUUGUUUUGCAUAUGUUAGCCAUUCAGGACUUUUAUCACGAAUGUGGCAGUUAUCAGGUGUGUUAUGAGGAACAUGACGCACAGAUGCAAAUCCUCUCAGCGGCACUGGAAGUAAAGAAGCAGAAACAAUUUUUCAUUGGGUUUUCCCAUGACAUUAAAUCACCAUUGUG